UCUACGCAUUCUCUUACCUGUUGCCACUCCCCGGCUUGUUGCUGGAUCUAUUUUUGACCCGUCCAUACUCUGGAUCGAGGUUGCACCUCUUCUCAAGCGCCUUCCUUUUGCCCCGUGCUUUAGGGUCAGUCCCGGUCCGAAAUAGGAGCAGCGAGAAGAACUAAAGCAAUGUAGAGAUUUAGAAUUUGUGGUGUCAUCUUUAAGGAACCCAGUUUGACGAGGAUAUACUUUUUCCCUUUUCACUUUUUUUGAUUACAUUUGCUUACAGUCAAAGACCACAUUGGAAUUUGGAUGGUGGCAAUCAUGACAUGGAUCCGAGGUAGAAAAACUGCUCCAGUGAUGGCUUGGGGUUGUGUCGUCGCCUGUGCAGCUUUGGACUAGAGGCCUGCCGAGUGUCAAGGGAGGGAGACAGUCCCUUACGCAAAGACACACACCAAAAUCCUUCUAAAGUGUCCACUCUGAAGCAACAGUACAGCUGUGUGAGGAAAAUGGCCAAUCACAGAGACGCUCGCUUUCUGCACAAUCUGUCCCACCACCCACGAUGGCAGCAUGACUCAAAACAAGUCAAUAGACAAAAACACAAAUGGACAGUGGUUACAAACAGCUGCAGUGGGUGUAGAGUAUUUGAAUCACCAUCAUCAUCAUCCGCACCUUUGUCGUCGAACCCUAAGUGGCCAUCAUCCCCGGCACAUCGCUCCAGGAACUGGUGGGGGAACUGGUUCCUUCUGCUUUUACUCACUGUCUCAUUUAUGCCCUGUCAAGCCUGGGCAACCACUUUCAAGGUGGCCCUGGUUGGACCCUGGACAUGUGACCUCUUAUACUCGAAAGCCCUACCAGAUGUAGCAGCCAGUCUUGCUACAGCUCGCAUAAACAAGGACCCCCACCUAAACAAAGGCUAUUGGUAUGACUACACACUGGUCAACGAGGAUUGCAAGGCGUCCCGUGCUCUUGCUCGAUUUGCUGAGCUAAAGGGUUAUGGUGCUGCCUUCCUGGGCCCCGCCAACCCAGGAUACUGCUCCUCAGCAGCCUUGUAUGCAAAAGAAUGGGAUUUAGGGAUCCUUUCCUGGGGCUGCCUCAAACCCAACAUGCAACAAGGUGAUAUGUACCCCACUUUCUUGAGGCCGCUGCCGCUCCCCUCCCAUGUCCUCUUCACUGUGUUGCGGUUCUUCCGCUGGGCCCACGUGGCCAUUAUUUCAGAAGAUACGGACAUUUGGGAAGCCACGGGACAGGAGCUGGCUUCAUCACUGAGGGUCCUUGGCCUACCUGUUAACCCUGUAGUAACCAUGGAAGCUGACAGAGACGGGCCUCGCAGAGCACUGACAAAGAUACGGGAAGCAGACCGGGUCAGAGUGGUCAUCAUGUGCAUGCCUUCUGUACUCAUUGGUGGCCAAGCCCAAUAUCAGCUUCUGACCACGGCACUGGACAUGCGUAUGAUCGACCGCGGCUAUGUGUUCAUCCCUUACGACACCCUCCUGUACGCACUACCUUACAAAGACGCAAACUACUAUGCUCUUGGCAAUGACACUAAACUAAGGAAAGCAUAUGAUGGGGUCGUCACAGUCACCAUGGACUCUGGAGAAAGUAAUUUCUAUGAGGCCUACAAAGACGCUCAAAACAGCUAUGAAAUCCGCAGCAGCACGCCACCAGAGGAGGUAUCUCCAUUCUUUGGCACCAUCUACAACAUGAUAUAUUACACAGCAAUGGCUGCUGAGCAGGCGCGGGCCAAGAGUGGCGUCUGGGUUACUGGUCAGGUCCUGAGCCACAGUGAGGGUGGCUUUGAAUUUGAAGGCUUUAAUCAGCCUCUGAGAGCCGGCAGGGAAGGGGAAGGCAUGCAGGCUCGCUACGUAGUGUUGGACUACAGUGGCAUGGGCACCUCUCUCUACGCCACUCACGCGCUGGAUGCGGCUCAUACAGACGGCAAAAUAGGGAACUUGAAGUACCUUGGUCGUUCCAUCCAUUUUGCAGGAAGUACACCCUACAAAGACUCAAGCUGCUGGUUCAACCCCUAUUUUGCCUGUAGUGGAGGCGUGGAUUCAGUCACUUUGUUCUUUCUUUGCCUCUUGUUCAUGUCAGUUGUUGGUUGUGGAGUUAACGUCUUCCUUCAUUUCAAGAGAACCGGCAGAGUUGGCUUCAGCUUUGGAGGCGGCAAUAACGAUGGCCCGUCAAAGACAGUUCUGACCCUGGAUGACCUUGUCUUCAUCAACACUCAAGUCAGCAAAAGGAAGAUCAAUGAUGAGAGUAUCCUGAAAAGCCAGCUGGAUAUGAAGACACCUCACCACUCGGUGUCAGGUCGCAGCUACAUGGCCUCGUCACCUGACAGCUCCAAUGUUGCCGUGUUUGAGGGAGACUGGGUUUGGUUGAAGAAAUGUCCAGCUGGAUCGGUUUCAGGUGUCAACAGCAGCACCGAGUUCGUCUUUAUCAAGCUCAGGAACAUGAGGCAUGAGAACCUCAAUCUGAUCCUGGGGCUGUUCUUUGACUCUGCAAUAUUUGGUAUCGUGACUGAGCACUGCUCCAGGGGCAGCCUGGAGGAUCUGCUCAGCAAUGAGGAUGUGCGUCUUGACUGGAUGUUCAAGUCCUCCCUUUUAAUGGAUCUCAUCCGGGGAAUUAAGUACCUACACAAUCAUGACAUCAUCCAUGGACGACUCAAGUCGCGCAACUGUGUGGUAGACGGGCGCUUUGUGUUGAAGGUGACAGAUUACGGAUACAGUGAAAUUUUGAUCGGGCAAGGCAUCGACACUGACGAGGAGAAGCCAGAGAACCUGCUCUGGACGGCUCCUGAGCUGCUGCGAAGCCCUGUACUGAGGAGGAGGGGGACGUUCAGUGGAGACGUCUACAGCUUCUCCGUCAUCGUGCAGGAGGUCAUAACUCGCUCGACGCCUUUCUGCAUGCUGGACAUGCCUCCUAAAGAGAUUGUUAGCAAGGUCAAAAACCCUCCACCUCUGUGUCGGCCUACUGUGUCAGUGGACGAGGCUCCUCUGGAUGUGAUUCAGGUCAUGAAACAGGCCUGGAGUGAAGAGCCAGAGAAGAGGCCGAACUUUGAGGAGAUCUUCAAACAGUUCAAGAACAUCACCAAGGGAAAGAAGACCAAUAUCAUCGACUCUAUGUUGCGGAUGUUGGAACAGUACUCCUCUAACUUGGAGGAUCUGAUCAGGGAGAGGACCGAGGAGCUGGAGCUGGAGAGACAGAAGACUGACAACCUGGUUGCUCAGAUGUUGCCCAGGUCGGUGGCUCAGGCACUGAAGACGGGCAAACCUGUCAAACCGGAACAUUUCAGCGACGUCACGCUUUACUUUAGUGACAUCGUGGGCUUCACCACCAUCUCCGCUCUCAGUGAACCCAUCGAGGUGGUCGACUUGCUCAAUGACCUCUACACACACUUUGAUGCGAUCAUUGGGCUGCAUGACGUCUACAAGGUGGAAACUAUUGGAGAUGCUUACAUGGUGGCUUCAGGAGUCCCCACCAGAAACGGUAAUCGCCACGCGGCUGAGAUGGCCAACAUGUCCCUCGACAUUCUCCACUGCAUUGGGACGUUCAAGAUGAGGCACAUGCCUGAGCUAAAAGUCAGGAUCCGCAUUGGGCUGCACUCUGGCCCAGUCGUGGCGGGAGUGGUGGGUCUUACAAUGCCUCGGUACUGUCUGUUUGGCGACACCGUCAACACAGCAUCUCGAAUGGAGUCCACAGGGUUGCCUUACAGGAUCCAUGUCAACCAAAGCACAGUUGACGUCCUGAACAGCUUAAAGCUGGGGUACAAACUUCAGGUCAGAGGCAUGACAGAGUUAAAGGGAAAAGGCAUUGAGACGACGUAUUGGUUGGUAGGGAGGGAAGAUUUCAACAAGCCUCUUCCUAUUCCUCCAGACCUUCAAGGGGGAAGCAAUCACGGUAUCAGCUUAGAUGAGAUACCUGUCGACAGAAGACAGAAAUUCCUGGAUCGACAGAAGACAAUGGGCUAGACUGUCAAAGUGAAAUGUCCUAGAGCUACAAUUUAAAUUGAAAACACUGGAAAUUCAUGCUUUUUCUUUUUUUUUUGGGAGGAUUGUUCGCAAUCAUAUCUAAAUUAAAAUAAUCUUUCUUGGAGAUUAUCAUUCUCUUUUGUUUGUGCCAUGACAAACCCUGGCUCCAGCGCUCCUUAUUUGUUCAACAGCUGUUGAACAAACACACCAUGCAUAAUAAACCAUGGCUGAUUUACUCGUCCAAAAUGUGUUGGCGCCGACGACGCUAACACAAGAGGGAGGCUAUGAAGGAUGUGUGUGUAAGAAAGGAUCACAGCGUGACAUGUAAUACUGGUGUACUUCAUGUACUGUGUGUAUUUGUACUGAUCUCUGUGCUUUGUGGAGAUACUGGAGAUAAUAUUUUAUCACCAACACUCCAGGGGUAGAAGCUAUUACUGCCGGACUAUUCAUCUCUGGUAUAAUAGAGUCUACACUGCAGCAACAUUAGCCUUUUUGCAACAACACAGAAUGAAUUAACGGAAGCAUUCUCGUAGUAAUUUAAGCCGCAAACGCUGGAUUGGUCCGUCGCGUUGGAGAGCUCUGGUUUUUACUUUUGUAGUGCAUCAAAAACAUUAUUGUACAUAUUUAAACAACAUUAUUAAUCCAUUGCUGUGAUAGGCCUGUUAUUGUGUUGAUUUGACAGAGGUCUGUUUCUUUCUAAUCACUGUGCUCUAAAAUCCUGUGUAGAUGCAGUUAGAAAACGUAAACGUCAUAAUUGAAUUAAUUCAAACUAAAGAAAGCGAGCUGUACCCAUAUAACAUAUUAACUUUAGUUAUAGAACCUAUUGGGUGUGAGGUAUUUAUAAUCCCUGAAGAGACGCAUCAAUAUGGUGACUGUUCUUUAAAGAUCCGGUGUGUAAGAAUAAGUGACAUCUAACUGUGAGAGUUCAGACUGUAACAAAGAGAGGACUUUUUUCUUUUUUUUUUUUUAUCAAGCGUAUCAGUGAACUACAGUGGCCUUCACGUAACCGACAGGAUGUUGUUCUCUUUUAGUUGCGUAGAAAGCUUCCGCUUUAAAGCGCGAAACAUACGUUCUGGCUGGUUUGUUUCGUUUGGGAUGCUGUGGAAGAAAGGCGGCACAAGAUAAGGCCUCAAAAAAAGCAAGUCCCUUGCUUAACCCUUAGAACACAGAGCGCACUAAGGGUUAAAAUACAUAUUAAAAAGCCACAAAAAACUCAUAUUUCGGUGAAUAAUCCCUGCUAAAUUUUACCUUAAAACAACAGUACGGAAGAGUGUAAAAAAAAAAAUUGAAAGAAAGAAAAAACAGCAUGAAUCCUGAUGUUAAAGAUUAAUCUAUUUAAUCUUUUAUCUCUCUCUUUAAUCUCAUCAAAACAGUCAUGCUGUUUCCUUUUUUCUUUUUUUUACAUGUGGCACUAAUAAUCUUCCAUACAACGGAAUUAUGAAACUCUAAUGAUGGUACACAACACAGUAUGAUUCCUAACAUUUCUCACCAAAACACAGACACAUUGCUCAUUGAGAAAAUGGAAAAUGCAUCAUCACGAUGGCUCCGCCCACAGUAUGAGCAUGGAGCUGAUUAAGUGGCUGCAUGUGUUACACAGCAUGACGUCUGUCUGGUCUUCGGCGGACAGCAAUAGGAAGUGACAAACGUGUCUGCUCGGCACUAACAGGCCUGAACGUCAGCCGUGCUUCAGCAAACUGAGCCUUUUCAUAUGUGCGUCGCCAUGCGCUAAAGGAAAAGCUCUGGCUUUGUCUGAGUUCUUAAGCUGACGUCCUCCGACCUCUGCUGUCGUUUUUGGAUCCACCCUCAGGGAAUUCUGGCUGAAUUCUGCAGAGCAUAUGGAGGAGGAUUUUAGCAGAAGGAGGGAGGACAGUGUCCUCUGAGUCAUUUCUUUUUGUGUACUGUAUAUACUGUAAAUAUGUACAUAGUUGGUCUUUGCGUCCUUUAAGGACAGAGACAUUUUAGCGUUGCUUUUUCUGCUUGGGAUCCUUAAACCUUUAAUAUAAUUCACAUUAUUAUUUACUCAUGCUCUGUUAGCUUGGUAAUUGUCUGCUGCAGCUCUGACAUUGAAGCAAUAACAGGCAGAGAAUGGCUCGCAUUGUGUGAUGUUCCUUAGUUUUUCAGUCUGCAGACGUUUUCACUCCUCUCACGUGCACCGACGUCUCACAAGACAAAAAACAUCGGGACAUCUGAUGACUUGAUCACCAGGUUGCUUCUUUCGUGGUGUCGUCUUUCACACCAUUAAGUGUUUUGCACCAGGACUGGCUCUUCAUGCACAAUUAAACUCCUGAGGAAAAGAUGUGGGAAGCUGCAUUUCUAAAUUCCAAACAAAAUCUGUAAUGUCAGUGGACAUAGAUACAUGACCCAUAGAUUUUUAAUCACUUUGCCAAAUAGAUAGAUGAUAUUAAAACUUGAAAAAUUGAAUGUAUUGCUCGUUUAACUGCGUGUCUGUAAAUAAAUUGUGGUUUUCCUGUAA